AUGGGGAACCGCAGCGCCGCGGACGCCGACGGGCUGCUGGCGGGGCGCGGGCCGGGCGCGGGGAUCCCGGGGACACCGGGCGCGGCGGCGGCGCUGGCGGGGGGCGUGCUGCUCAUCGGCGCCGUGCUCGCGGGGAACGCGCUCGUGUGCGCGAGCGUGGCGGCCGAGCGCGCCCUGCAGACGCCCACCAACUACUUCAUCGUAAGCCUGGCGGCCGCCGACCUCCUGCUCGCCCUCCUCGUGCUGCCCCUGUUCGUCUACUCCGAGGUCCAGGGCGGCGUGUGGCUGUUCAGCCCCGGCCUCUGCGACGCGCUCAUGGCGAUGGACGUGAUGCUGUGCACCGCCUCCAUCUUCAACCUGUGCGCCAUCAGCGUGGACAGGUUCGUGGCCGUGGCCGUGCCGCUGAGCUACAACCGCCAGGGCGGGGGCGGCCGCCAGCUGCUGCUCAUCGGCGCCACGUGGCUGCUGUCGGCGGCGGUGGCGGCGCCCGUGCUGUGCGGCCUCAACGACGCGCGCGGCCGCGACCCCGCCGUGUGCCGCCUGGAGGACCGCGACUACGUGGUCUACUCGUCCGUGUGCUCCUUCUUCCUGCCCUGCCCGCUCAUGCUGCUGCUCUACUGGGCCACGUUCCGGGGCCUGCGGCGCUGGGAGGCCGCGCGUCGGGCCAAGCUGCACGGCCGGACACCGCGCAGACCCAGCGGCCCCGGCCCGCCACCCCCCGACGGUACCCCCGGCCCCCCGCCCCCCGACGGCAGCCCCGACGGCAGCCCGGACGGCACCCCCGAUGACACCCCCGACGCCACCCUGCCCCCGCCCCCCGCCCCCGACGCCGCCGCGCCCCCCGCCGCCGACCCUGCGGAGCCCCCGUGGCAGCCACGCAAGCGGAGACGCGCCAAGAUCACGGGCCGGGAGCGCAAGGCCAUGAGGGUCCUGCCCGUGGUGGUCGGCGCCUUCCUGCUGUGCUGGACGCCCUUCUUUGUGGUGCACAUCACCCGGGCGCUGUGCCCCGCCUGCCCCGUGCCCCCGCGGCUGGUCAGCGCUGUCACCUGGCUGGGCUACGUCAACAGCGCCCUCAACCCGCUCAUCUACACCGUGUUCAACGCCGAGUUCCGCACCGUCUUCCGCAAGGCCCUUCGCCUCUGCUGCUGAGGGGGGCCCUGCCCCCCGCGCCCUCCGCAGGGCCUGGCCAGGCCUGGGGGGCAGGGCCUCGGCGCCGAGGGGGCGGCUCUGUGCGGCUGAUUGAACCAGGUCCUUCCUCAACACCUGCUGGAAGGCUGGACCUGGGGCGGCCUGGGGGCUCCGCGGGAA